UCUCCUCCUCCCCCCUCUCCUCUCCCUCCUCCUGGUCCUCAUCGCCCCUCUCCUCCUCUUCCUCCCUUCUCUCUUCCUCUCCCUGAAUUUUCUCCUCUCCUCUCAGGUCAGUCCAUGGUAUUCCGCUCCCCACUAGACCUCUAUUCCUCCCACUUCUUGUUACCAAACUUCGCCGAUUCUCACCACUGCUCCCUACUUCUGGCGAGUAGCGGCGGCGGGAGCGGUGCGGGCGGCGGCGGCGGCGGCAGCACGGGAGGAGGCGGCAGCGGCGGCGGGAACCGUGCGGGAGGCGGCGGUGCUGGCGGAGCAGGCGGCGGCGGCGGCGGCGGCUCCAGGGCCCCCCCGGAAGAGUUGUCCAUGUUCCAGCUGCCCACCCUUAACUUCUCGCCAGAGCAGGUGGCCAGCGUCUGCGAGACGCUGGAGGAGACGGGCGACAUCGAGCGGCUGGGCCGCUUCCUCUGGUCGCUGCCCGUGGCCCCCGGGGCGUGCGAGGCCAUCAACAAACACGAGUCGAUCCUGCGCGCGCGCGCCGUGGUUGCCUUCCACACCGGCAACUUCCGCGACCUGUACCACAUCUUGGAGAACCACAAGUUCACCAAGGAGUCUCACGGCAAGCUUCAGGCCAUGUGGCUCGAAGCGCACUACCAGGAGGCCGAGAAGCUGCGCGGCCGCCCGCUUGGCCCGGUGGACAAGUACCGCGUGCGCAAGAAGUUCCCGCUGCCGCGCACCAUCUGGGAUGGCGAGCAGAAGACUCAUUGCUUCAAGGAGCGGACUCGGAGCCUGCUGCGGGAAUGGUACCUGCAGGAUCCCUACCCCAACCCCAGCAAGAAACGCGAACUGGCGCAGGCCACCGGCCUCACUCCCACACAAGUAGGCAACUGGUUUAAGAAUCGGCGACAGCGCGACCGCGCAGCGGCGGCCAAGAACAGGCUUCAGCACCAGGCCAUCGGACCCAGCGGUAUGCGCUCGCUGGCCGAGCCCGGCUGUCCCACGCACGGCUCGGCAGAGUCGCCGUCCACGGCGGCCAGCCCUACCACCAGUGUGUCCAGCCUGACGGAGCGCGCGGACACCGGCACUUCGAUCCUCUCGGUAACCUCCAGCGACUCGGAAUGUGAUGUAUGA